UUGGGACAAACUACAAAACCGCGAAACGAAAAGCGUUUUUUCGCCGCUGAAAACGGAUUAACGCUUGAUUUCGGCUAGUCAUGUUGUGAAGCCGUUUUCCUCCCACCAGACUGAGAGUGCAAUGCUCCGCGGGGACUCUGCUCCGUCCUCACCGGCUCUCACAGCUCCAUCGGCCGGCCAGCUAACGGCCCCUCCCCCGCUGACAGCCCCCCGCUGGUCGGUUAACGGUUGUUUUUGUGCCGUUUCCAGUGAUGCGAAAGCGGAGUAAUCCAGCGGACAGCGGGACCACCGGGACCACCGGCACUCUGCUCGACAGCGACCCGGAGCUGAAGCAGCGUCCCGGCAGGGGAGCAGCGGGGCCGGCAGCGCGCGGCCGGCAGGGCCCGGGAGAGGACGGAGACAUGGCGGGCAAACCGUUCCGCAGGCUGGGUCUGCUGGGGAAGCUGAAGAAGGUGAUGUUGUGGCUCCUGGUCAUCUACGUGUCUGUCCCCUUCAUCGUCAAACUCUGUCCAUCCAUCCAGGCCAAACUCGUCUUCCUCAACUUCGUUAAGGUGCCGUACUUCAUCGACCUGAAGAGACCCCUGGACCAGGGAUUGAACCACACACACAACUUCUACCUGGAGCCGGAGCCGGGCUUCAAGAUCGGAGUCUGGCACACAGUUCCUGCUCAGAUGUGGAGAGAAGCUCAGGGGAAACAAGGCGAUUGGUACGACUCCACGCUAAGCUCCGCCCACUCUGCCAUCCUCUAUCUCCAUGGAAACGCAGGGACCAGAGGAGGAGACCACCGAGUCCAGCUGUACAAGGUCCUCAGUUCGUUAGGCUACCAUGUCGUCACGUUUGAUUACAGAGGGUGGGGGGAUUCAGACGGCUCUCCAUCAGAGGUGGGGAUGACAUCAGACGCUCUCUUCAUCUACGAUUGGCUAAAACAGCGGCUGGACGACAAAACACCGCUUUACAUCUGGGGACACUCUCUGGGGACAGGAGCUGCCACCAACCUGGUCAGACGGCUGUGCGACAGAGGAAGUCCUCCAGACGCUCUGAUCUUAGAGUCUCCAUUCACAAACAUCAGAGAGGAGGCCAAGAGUCACCCCUUCUCCAUGGUGUACAGAUACCUGCCCGGCUUUGAUUGGUUCUUCCUAGACGCCAUCACAGCCAACAACAUCCGCUUAGCCAGCGAUGAGAAUGUGAAUCACAUCUCCUGUCCCAUGUUGAUCCUCCACGCCGAGGACGACGCCGUGGUUCCUUUCCAUCUCGGCAAAAAGCUGUACCACAUGGCGUCCCAGUCUAAGAGCCUCAGCGGCCACAAAGUCCAGUUUGUUCCCUUCUCUUCGUCUCUGGCCUACAAACACAAGUUCAUCUACAGGAGCCCGGAGCUGCCCAACAUCCUCAGUGAUUUCCUCGGCACCGCUCACCAACAGAUGGACGAUUCAGCCUGAACACACACACACACACACACACACACACACACACACACACACACACACACA